GUAUUGCCGUCUACCAUUCUCUUUCAUAGCUCCAAAACCUGGGGAUCAACCCAGCAAACAUUGGGUUCAGCACCUUAACUAUGGAGUCAGACAAGUUCAUCUGCAUCCGAGAGAAGGUUGGGGACCAGGCCCAGGUGGUCAUUAUUGAUAUGAAUGACCCCAACACUCCUAUUCGCCGCCCGAUCUCUGCUGACAGCGCUAUUAUGAACCCUGCCAGCAAAGUCAUUGCACUGAAAGACGCUGCAAAAACUCUUCAGAUUUUUAACAUUGAGAUGAAGAGCAAGAUGAAGGCGCACACCAUGACCGAUGACGUCACCUUCUGGAAGUGGAUCUCUCUGAACACGGUUGCUCUGGUAACAGACAACGCAGUGUAUCAUUGGAGCAUGGAGGGAGAUUCCCAGCCAAUGAAAGUGUUUGACAGACAUUCCAGUCUUGCAGGCUGCCAGAUAAUCAACUACCGCACUGAUGCCAAGCAGAAGUGGCUGCUUCUCAUUGGCAUUUCAGCACAGCAAAACCGUGUUGUGGGUGCAAUGCAGCUCUACUCUGUGGACAGGAAGGUGUCUCAGCCCAUUGAGGGGCACGCGGCUGGCUUCGCUCAGUUUAAAAUGGAAGGGAAUGCAGAGGAGUCCACUCUCUUUUGUUUUGCUGUUAGAGGACAAGCUGGAGGAAAGUUGCACAUCAUUGAAGUGGGCACGCCACCAGCAGGGAACCAGCCAUUUCCAAAGAAAGCAGUUGAUGUCUUCUUCCCCCCUGAGGCACAGAAUGACUUUCCGGUUGCAAUGCAGAUAAGUUCAAAGCAAGAUGUUGUAUUUUUGAUCACCAAAUACGGUUACAUCCACCUGUAUGACUUGGAGACAGGCACCUGUAUCUACAUGAACAGGAUCAGUGGCGAGACUAUCUUUGUUACUGCACCCCAUGAAGCUACUGCUGGGAUUAUUGGAGUCAACAGGAAAGGACAGGUAUUGUCGGUGUGUGUUGAGGAAGAGAACCUCAUUCCCUACAUUACCAAUGUGCUGCAGAACCCUGACCUUGCCCUCCGCAUGGCGGUCCGCAACAACCUGGCCGGAGCGGAAGAACUGUUUGCCCGGAAAUUCAACAACCUCUUCGCCCAGGGCAACUACUCGGAGGCAGCUAAAGUAGCAGCAAAUGCACCAAAGGGAAUCCUGCGCACUCCGGACACCAUCCGUCGUUUUCAGAGUGUUCCUGCUCAGCCUGGCCAGACUUCUCCAUUGCUCCAGUACUUUGGGAUCCUGCUGGAUCAGGGCCAGCUCAACAAGUUUGAGUCUUUGGAGUUGUGUCGGCCUGUGCUUCAGCAGGGUCGCAAGCAGUUGCUGGAAAAGUGGCUAAAAGAGGACAAGCUGCAGUGCUCUCUGUCAGGGGAUUUCAAAGAGACACCUGCAAUCUGUAUUCAAAUAACUGUGCCUUGCACCCAAAGAUACUCCACCUUACAGUUUGACUAGCCACAGUGUAUAGGU